AUGGCGUCCUGCAUCAUGCACCUGCGCAAUGGCGGUCAGCAAGCAGCUCCGGAUGAAGCCAACGAACAACAGACGACAGAGGGAACCAGCACGGGCAAGCGCCCGGCGGGACGCAGGAGAGACCGUUUUGGACGGCUGGUCGAAAUUGGGCACUGCUUGAAUCCAAUGGGUCCAACGAAUAUGGUGAUGGCUGCACGAAUUGUCCGGGCGCUAGGUUGA